GAAAAUAAAAAUGUCCGAGUUAUAAAAUCAUAGAGUACAGUAUCCGUCGACCAUUUUGACAAACUAAAAGGAUAAAGAUGGUGACAAAUAUUGACAUGUGUUCACUCUAUGUAACGGAGAGAGGGAGAUCUUACAAAUUUCCGGAAACAGAGGUUUUCCUCACAGAAUUUUCAAUGGUGGUAAACAAAGCUUUGAUCAAACCGACUUUCAUUCAUCACUCAUGGAACAACAACAACACUCUUCAUUCAUUCUUCCUUCUUCUCCUUAUCCUCUUUUACUACCACAAUAUUCGUAACACAUUUGAAUCAUAUUGCAUUUUGGUCAUUAUUUUUGUUGUUUUUCAGAGCCGGAAUCCGAUAACGAUAUCGGACUCCGCGAUGGAAGAUGACUACAAUAUUUGCAAAACCAGCGUUUCACUUCCGCCAUUUUCAGCAAUCCUUAAAGAGCAAAUCUUCUUCCACUAACAAAACCGAAGCCUCCUUAUGGAGCCACCAAAUUGUCGAUCCAAGCAGCGACUUUGUCAAUCGCUGGAAUUACGUUUUCCUUUUAACAUGUCUCGUUUCUCUUUUCAUCGAUCCUCUUUAUUUCUACGUCCCAUUCGUCAGUGACAAAGCUUGUAUGUCUACUGAUGAUGAGGCCGCUAAUAAGAUUACCGUCUUUCGUUCUCUAAACGAUGUAUUUUAUUUUCUACACAUUUUUAUGAAGUUCCGUACUGCUUUUGUUGCUCCCAGCUCCAGAGUUUUCGGUCGGGGCGAGCUUGUUAUGGAUCCUCGACAAAUUGCUAUACGAUAUCUUAAGACGGAUUUCAUCGUUGAUUUUACUGCUGCUCUUCCCCUGCCUCAGAUUGUCAUUAAGUAUGUAAUCCCCGCAGCUAAAAAAAAAGGAUCUGGUCAUUCAAAAAGUACACUUGCCCUCAUCGUUCUCAUCCAAUAUAUUCCAAGGUUAUUCGUUAUUUUCCCGCUAAAUCAGCAGAUUAUCAAAACUACUGGUUUUAUUGCUAAAACAGCAUGGGCAGGAGCAGCUUACAAUCUCCUCCUUUACAUGUUAGCGAGUCAUGUGGCGGGAGCUUCCUGGUAUGUGGCAUCUAUAGGAAGACAGUUCUCUUGUUGGUCAAAUGAAUGUCAGAAGGAACAUGAUGCAGUUCCACCCUGCAUAAUUGAUUUUUUAGACUGUAGCAGUACUGAGUAUGGUUAUGUGCGCAAUUACUGGCGAAACAGCACGAAAGUACUUGCAAAGUGUGAUGCUAUUAAUGAUAAAGAUACUGGUUUUAAGUUUGGGAUUUUUGCUGAUGCCUUUACUAAUAAUGUGGCUACAUCAACAUUCUUGGACAAAUAUUUGUAUUGUUUAUGGUGGGGUCUAAGAAAUAUGAGUUCAUAUGGACAGAAUUUGAAUACCAGCACUUACCUUGGCGAAACCUUAUUCAGCAUUGCCAUAUGCAUCAUUGGUUUAAUUCUCUUUGCACAGUUAAUUGGGAACAUACAGACUUAUUGUAAAUCUAUGACCGUAAAAAUUGAGGAAUGGAGAAUUAGAAAAAGAGAUACAGAAGAAUGGAUGAAGCACCGCCAGUUGCCUGAAGACUUGCAAGAACGUGUUCGACGUUUUGAUCAAUAUAAAUGGCUUGCAACAAGAGGAGUUAAAGAAGAAGAUAUCUUGCAAGAUUUGCCUUUGGAUCUUCGACACCAAAUCCAAAGACACCUAUGCCUCAAUCUUGUCCGACGAGUUCCAUUUUUUGCGCAAAUGGAUGACCAGCUGCUUGGUGCAAUAUGUGAACGCCUAGUUUCGUCCUUGAGCAUAAUGGGCACCUAUAUUGUUCGAGAAGGUGAUCAAGUGAAUGAGAUGCUCUUUAUCAUCAGGGGACAACUAGAGAGUUCCACAACAAAUGGAGGAAGAUCUGGAUUCUUCAAUUCUAUCACACUCGGACCUAAUGACUUCUGUGGUGAAGAAUUACUGACUUGGGCCUUAUUGCCUAACUCAACGCAGUUGCCUGCUUCAACUCGAACUGUGAGAACACUUACUGAAGUCGAAGCAUUUGCACUUCGAGCUGAAGACCUGAAAUUUUUUGCAGUUCAAUUUAAACGUCUUCACAGCAUGAAGCUACAGCAUGCAUUUAGGUACUAUUCUCAUCAGUGGAGAACAUGGGGUGCUUGCUUUAUACAGGCUGCAUGGAGAAGGUAUAGGAAGAAAAAGCUUGAAAACGAGUUGUCUCUACAAGAGAGCUAUUAUUUUACCCAAGAUCCUAACGAUGAGGAUUACUACGAUGAGCAAAGUUUUGAAGAUGCUGGUCCUGAGCAACCAUUAGUAGACAGUGGUUCUCGUGGUUCCCAACAACUUGGAGCUACAAUUUUGGCCAAAAGAUUUGCUCAUAAUACGAAACGAGGAAUAGAACAACAGAAGAUUCAAAUGUCUGAUUCUUCUUCCAGCUUAAAAAUGCCCAAGUUGUUUAAGCCAGAUGAGCCUGAUUUUUCUGCAGAAUGAAGACAGCAUUAUGUUAAUUAGUUAGAACACCCUACAUUACUGAAAGGUACUAGUGAGUAAUGACAAAGCUAGUAUCCAUUUUUUUUUUUUCUUCAUAUUUUUGUAAAUUUCAGGAGCAAUAGACCUUUUGACAAUUUUGAUUACAACAUUCUUUUUUCAAUCAACCUUCUUUUCUAGUCAA